UCGUCGUUGACUCAGGAAGAGAAGUGUAGUCCAGUAUUGCUCCCUGCAGUUGGCGUUUCUCAGCGAACUGGUUUUUUUUUUUUUUUACUCGUGUGUGGAAUCGUUUAAUCGCUGUGGACGCAGAAACAAAAAAAAAAACUUUCCUUCGCCAUCCAGUUGCAUAUGGUUUGUACACGGUGCGACGGAGCUGAGCCGCACCAGUAGAAGUGGAAGGCGAGGCUGUGUUUGGUAGCGGCUUUAGCACCCGAUACUCACGCUGUCUGCUCCUGGGCUCCGUGUUGAUUAACACUAGACUUUCAUCCCUUUACUCCCAGUGAUUGCUUGGAAGAUGGCGCUAGGCGGAUGGAAAUUCUAAUGACAGUUUCUAAAAUCGCCUCCAUUUGUACCAUGGGCACCAAUGCCUCCGCUCUGGAAAAAGAGAUUGGUCCGGAACAGUUCCCCGUCAAUGAGCACUACUUUGGUUUAGUCAAUUUUGGAAAUACCUGCUACUGCAACUCUGUCCUCCAGGCACUCUAUUUCUGCCGUCCGUUCCGCGAGAAGGUGCUGGGGUACAAGAGCCAGCCGCGUAAGAAGGAGAACCUGCUGACCUGCCUCUCGGACCUGUUCCACAGCAUUGCCACGCAGAAGAAGAAGGUGGGAGUCAUCCCCCCCAAGAAGUUUAUCACCCGGCUGCGCAAGGAGAACGAGCUGUUUGAUAACUACAUGCAGCAGGAUGCCCACGAGUUCCUCAAUUACCUGCUGAACACUAUCGCAGACAUCCUGCAGGAGGAGAAGCAGCAGGAGAAGCAGAACGGACGUCUUCCCAACGGCAACCUGGACAGCGAGAAUAACAACAGCCUGCCCGACCCCACCUGGGUGCAUGAGAUCUUCCAGGGGACCCUCACCAACGAGACCCGGUGCCUGACCUGUGAGACUAUCAGUAGUAAAGAUGAAGACUUUUUGGACCUCUCUGUGGAUGUGGAGCAAAACACAUCAAUCACACACUGCUUAAGGGGGUUCAGCAACACAGAGACACUGUGCAGCGAGUACAAAUACUACUGUGAAGAGUGCCGAAGUAAACAGGAGGCACACAAGAGGAUGAAGGUGAAGAAGCUGCCUAUGAUCCUGGCCCUCCACCUAAAGAGGUUCAAGUACAUGGACCAGCUGCACAGACACACCAAGCUGUCCUAUCGGGUUGUCUUUCCUCUGGAGCUGAGGCUUUUCAACACGUCGGGCGACGCCACCAACCCAGAGCGACUGUACGACCUUGUGGCUGUGGUGGUGCACUGCGGGAGUGGUCCAAACCGAGGGCAUUAUAUUGCAAUUGUGAAAAGUCAUGAUUUCUGGUUGCUGUUUGACGACGACAUAGUAGAGAAAAUAGACGCCCAGGCCAUCGAGGAGUUCUACGGACUGACCUCUGAGAUCUCGAAGAACUCUGAAUCUGGGUACAUCCUGUUCUACCAAUCCAGAGACUGAGAGCGCUGCUCGCCAGACCGUUCCAGCACUGUUCCACUGCCCGGCAGUCCCUGUGGAAACGAGCACUGAAACACACAGGGUUCCGGGAGGGGGGAGCCCAGGCAGGAGGGGCGUGGCUUACCAAACGGGACACAAAUGCUCAAUCAACAAGAGUGCAGGUUUACUAGCUCAGGUAUUGCAGCUGUUAUCAGAGUUCCACCUCUACUGUGCACUGGCUCUCUCUCACACGCACAUACACUGACACACACACACACUGACACACACACACACACACGAAAAGCUGACACACACACACACACACGAAAAGCUGCAGGCAAUCUUUUUCAAACUUUUUUUUUUCACUCCAGCCCCCGCCCCCUUCAUCAUUUUCAAAGCAACGUUGAAUUACCGUUUUUCUUGGGGGCUGUGGUCUUUACUUCCUCAGAUUUUGCUCUUUUUGAAAGAUUGCUUUGUUACGUAGGAAAAACUGGUGCAAUGGUGUAGUCCUUAAAAACAAAAAGAAAAACUAUCUAUAUCUAAUCUGUCUGUCUCUUAGUUUUAAUAGUAUUGCUGUUAGUUCUGCAUGCUAGGCAGUGUGCUCAUUCUCCACACCCCUCUCUGUUCUUAAAUUCUUACUGCUUCAAUCCACUUGUUGUGACUCAUUUAGAUUAAAUGGCUGCAGUCAGUACCCUCCCUUCCCUCGGCCACGGUGCGCCUGCAGUCAGUACCCUCCCUUCCCUCGGCCGCGGUGCGUCUGCAGUCAGUACCCUCCCUUCCCUCGGCCGCGGUGCGCCUGCAGUCAGUACCCUCCCUUCCCUCGGCCGCGGUGCGCCUGCAGUCAGUACCCUCCCUUCCCUCGGCCGCGGUGCGCCUGCAGUCAGUACCCUCCCUUCCCUCGGCCGCGGUGCGCCUGCAGUCAGUACCCUCCCUUCCCUCGGCCGCGGUGCGCCUGCAGUCAGUACCCUCCCUUCCCUCGGCCGCGGUGCGCCUGCAGUCAGUACCCUCCCUUCCCUCGGCCGCGGUGCGCCUGCAGUCAGUACCCUCCCUUCCCUCGGCCGCGGUGCGUCUGCAGUCAGUACCCUCCCUUCCCUCGGCCGCGGUGCGUCUGCAGUCAGUACCCUCCCUUCCCUCGGCCGCGGUGCGCCUGCAGUCAGUACCCUCCCUUCCCUCGGCCGCAGUGCUUUCUGUAGUAUUUCUGGAGACUUUGUUUAUAGCGCCGGUCCCUUGUCACCCACCCCUCUCAUCGUUGUACGGCGACAGGUGUAUGAAUGUAAAUAGAGCUGUGAUUGCAGGGCUGAAUCAUGGGCAGUUAGCUUGACAUUGAGACACUGGGAUAGUGUCUUUCACAGGCAAGCCAAGGAGCCCUCUCCUGGUUGAUGUUAAUGUCUUUACUGUCAGUUUGUACAGAAAGAAUGUAUUUUUUUCUGCUGCUGUUGGUAUUCUUGGUGAAUUCCCGAUAUUCACUGUUUUAUUGUUUUUGGUGGUUGUUGUUUUAUUUCUGUGGCUCAGGAUAUUCAUAUUAUGUUGUAAUAAACUUUUUUGAAGCCCUGAGGCAUGUACAGUAUAUCAGAAAUGGUAGGGCCAGAUUUCAAGUUUUGUUGUUCAGGCGACACUGCCAAAAUUGGAUUGGAGUCUUUAUAGACACACAUCAUUUUUUUUGUUUGUGUAUGCAUAGAACUUGCUGGGCGAGGUGGGGGGCAGAACAUAGGGUUACCGAAGCUAUAGGUGAAGUGGCUGCUUAAUUGAAGAGGCAGUUCGUGCAGGGUUCACUCAAUAUACCUCUUAACAAACAGCACUGUGCAUUGAAACCACUGCUGCUCUUAAAGGAGUGCUGUGGGGUUUUUCAUGAAAUGUAUCACUUUAGUUACAGUAGUGGAAAACAGUGCAGUUGGAAACACAUCUUAGCCACACAUUAACUGUGUUCUGUGUUGCGUCACUGGAUCUGUUUGAAUAAGAUUGAUUGUCCUUCUGCUGUGUUUGUUUUGGUUGUAGAGAUUAUACUAAGUAAGGUGGGGGGAUUGAUUAAAGAGUUAAAGCUGAUCUCUGUUUUAGAUUGUUAAAUUAUUUCUCACUGGGACUCCCAAUGCAACACUGUCUUAUAGCCCCAUCUGCUGGGAGUGCCCUGACUGGAGUGCCAGAUACUCCCUGUCUCAUUGCUGCCUGUUCCAUGCUUGUUCCUGGGGCAGCAGUGUUUGCUGGUGCAGCCUCCACCACUGCCUGAUAAUGACACAAACAGAAUCCCAAGUGCAGAGGCAUAGCAUGUGUUGAAUGUGACCAGUCUCCUUCACAGAUGUAUCUAAAAGACUGUUUGCUACAUCUUGUAAGGGGCAGCCCAAGUCUCCAGUUCCCAGAUCUAACUGUUCAAGUCCUGUUUUGAAUGUUUUGUAGUGCAUGUUUUUGACCCUCCUCUGGGCAGGCCUGCAUAUUGUAAUUUUGCUUGGUUAAGAAACGACUUGAUCGGAAUCAAGUGGCUUCUUCAAACGUCUUCUUCUUCUGUAGCUUGAAAAGAGGAGAGAAUGAUUGGAAAGUGGAGUCAGCUUCCUGAUGACACUAAAUUCAAAAGCAACCCGCGUCGGUCUCCUCAUCAGCUGGCUUCUCGCCCUCUUCAGUUCUUAAGUCUGUUCCAUGUCUUCUUGGUGCUUUUUUAAUCAGCGGGACAGAAUGGCAAAGUCCAGCCAUUGUGAACAGUUCUUUAUUGUAGCCGGGUAGCUGUUUGAUCUUGGGCAGGCUGGAGGGUUGAUAUGUGACCCUUGAUCUCCUCUAAUCCAAGCCCACAUACACAGACCAAACCACUGUUUGGUUGGACCAGAUCCUGUUGAUGGACCCACUGGCAGACCUGUCUUGCUGUUUGCUUAACAGGUUUUUAGUAGAAGCUGACCUGUUAAAAUGGGGAUACAACGCAGUGCGUUAUUUUAGUUUUUCUUUGCUGCUGUUCUGAAUGCAGCACAUCAUUAUUCAGUCAGUUACUAGCAGGAUUGGGGUCAGUUCCUUUUUAAAAUCCAUUCCCAAUUCCAAUUCCCAUUGCCUUUUAAUCAAUUGCAAUUCCCAGUAUUCUGUUAAAAUGAGCUUCUCGCAUUGGCGACAGCGUACUUCCAUUGAAGUCACUCUCUGUCAAUUAAAUUGGCUUCCAAAUAAAAGCAGGCGAGCAAUCCCAGCAACGCGUGUGUCUCUCACAUGUGCAUGGCAGCUCCUGUGAAGGAAUGGGGAUUGAUUUGAUAAAGGAAUUGGAAUUGAAACACAGGAGCGGACCCCGGCCCUGGUUAAUUCCACCAUCACAUCACAUCUUUUUUUUAUAGUAAAUACACAUUAAUCUGUUUGUGCCGAGCGUCAUAUCUAUUAAAUCUGUUGCUUAUUUAUUUUUAUUUUUAUUUAGGCCUUUUUUGCAUGUUUUUUUUUUUUUUAAACUAGCAGGUGUAACUUCUCGUGCAGCUGAGACAGUGAAGGGGGUGUGAAGUUUAAUGAACGAACCCCCCCUGCAGCAAACCGCCCCACACGCAGUGCGCCUCCGCGUUUCUACUGGAGCUGAACCACUGCAAGGGCGUCUUCAUUAGCUGUUAAAGGUGGAACUCUAUCAGAUAGAUAGAGGUGUGCUCUGUAUAUGUUCCUAGGGAUCAACAGCUCCCUUAUUUUGUACAUUGGGUCAAGUAUUUCUACAAGAGACAAUGUAUGUUAUUUGUUAAUAUACCAGAUGUAAAAAAAGCUGAAAUAAAAAAAAAAUAAGAAUUACAAUAAAUAAUGAAAGAAAAUAUACUCUAAAUUAUAAAAUGUUGCACUUUUGAUACAGAUUUCUAGGUGUUUUGGCGGGUGUCUGUAAGGGUUUGCUUGCGACAGCCUGUUGUGAAAUGAUCCUUUUCUGUUCUAAAGAGAUAAUAUUAAUAAAAAGAAAUAGAGAAAGAAGUAAAUACAGGCCGUCUCUUGUUUGA